UCUCCUUUUCCAGAUUUCAGCACACAUGAAUCUGGCUGAAGAAUCUAAGGGUCUGUUUGGUUGCGGGGAAACAUUUUACGGAAAAUGUUUCCCCGUUUUCCUGUGUUUGGUUCCCAUAAAACACCAAGAUCAACGUAUUUUGUUUUACGGUCAAUGGAAAAGAGAGAGGAAAAGGGUAAGUUGUUUUCCAUCUUUCUCCCGUCCCUUGCUCCACAUCGAGAAGAAGCUUUGUUCUCCCGUCUUUUGCUCCACACCGGAAAAUCGAUCGAUCCAGUGGCCUCCUUCUCACCGGCGAGACGGGCGGUCGUCUUCUCAGGUAUAUCUCUUUUAAUCUUCUCCCUUUUCAUCUUCCUUGACCUCCUUUUCUUGUUUCAUCUUCCUUGACCUCCAUUUUAAUCAAAAUCCGAAACGCUAUUGUUUUCAUCCUUUAGCAUUUAACUGAUGCAGUGCCGCAUCAUGUCCUCUUCGCUCUCAAUAAAUCUUUAUCUCUCUACUCUCCCUUUCUUUGCAUACUCUUCGAAUUCAAGCAAUUCUUCUUCUUGUAAUUUAUACCUUCCCAAUUCUGUUAAAGUUUUGCCUUUUUCAUCAAUACCCAUUAGCCUGUAUAGUCGAAAAAGACGUUUUUCUGAGUUUCCUAGGUUGAAGAGUGAGAGGAAAAGAAGGGUCGCUGUUGUCAGAGCAAGUGAAACGACUGUUACAGAGCUGAGUGAAGAAGAUGGGGAACAAGAGGAAAAUCCUCCUUCGAUUGAUUCUGAGAAUAAUUCAAAACCUCGUCGAAUUGCUCUUUUUGUUGAGCCUUCUCCUUUCUCAUAUAUAUCAGGGUAUAAAAACAGGUUCCAGAAUUUCAUUAAAUAUUUAAGGGAAAUGGGAGAUGAGGUAAUGGUUGUAACGACACACGAAGGGGUCCCACAGGAGUUCUAUGGAGCAAAGCUGAUUGGAUCGAGAAGUUUCCCCUGUCCUUGGUACCAGAAAGUGCCCCUUUCCUUGGCACUCAGUCCAAGAAUAAUUUCAGAAGUCUUACGGUUUAAGCCUGAUAUAAUACACGCCUCUUCACCUGGGAUCAUGGUUUUCAGUGCUCUCUUUAUUGCAAAACUACUUUGCGUACCCAUAGUGAUGUCUUACCACACCCAUGUUCCAGUGUAUAUCCCAAGAUAUACUUUUAGUUGGCACUCUUCUUCCUUUGGCACUCUUGAAUGCUUGUAUACUCUUCAUACGAAUAGUGUGUUCAUCAUUCAGCAUGUUAAUAUGCAUCCUUUCAUAGACUAUCGAGCCUCCGAGAGACGAAUCUAUAUGCAUUCUUUCUUUCCUUCCGCUGGUCACUGAUACGCAGUUAUGUUUAUGGAGCUUAAUUCCUUAGAAUCAAAUCUCUAGUUAUUAAUGUUGGUUUCUUCUUUGAUAGGUGGGCAAUUGUAUAUCUUGCACAGAUGAAACCACUCAUUGUCCCCAUAUUAAGUGAAGGGGAAUGAAGUUCUUCCAGAAGAUUGUCGGUAAACUGAAACUCAGAUUGCGUAUCGACAUCUGAAUUUAGUUAUCAAGAAUUAUUUUUCUGGUGUUGGUUCUGUAGGUGAGCCGAGUUCGAGCUUGAACUUGGCACUUGAUGUUAUCAGUUUCUCAUUUGUUACACUCAUAUUGUUAUCUUUUAUUCAAUUUUCAUAAAAGAAAUUAGUGUUGUUUUAUCAGGCAUUAUGAAGUUUUGGUGAAGUAAAAGAUUAUAUUUCAGUUUACCUGUCU